CCUUUCUCUCUUCCAUCAAAUGCUCUCUUUGCGCCCUCUUCCUUCUAUCAUCGUUUUCACUCAACUCUUCAAUGCCAUGUCCAAAUUGAAACACCUUCAACCUCACUCCACCAUUAUCUCUCUCAUCAGAGACCUUGAAUUCUCUGGUGUUCGACCCAAUUGGUAUUCAUUGGGUAUUCUCACCAAUUGUUACUGCCAUUUGGACCGUGUUGAUUUCGGCUUCUCUCUUCUCGCCAAAAGACUUAAGCUUGGUUACCCCUUUGAUGGUGAUUGUGUUAUCUUUACUACUUUAAUCAAUGGCUUUAUCCACUGUGAUAAGCUUCCUCAAGCUCUUCAAUUGCUAGAUCAAAUUGUUAAGCUAGGUUUCCAACCCAACAUUAUUACCUAUGGUGCUAUUUUCAAAGGUCUUUGUCAGAUUGGUGACAAUGCUUCUGCCCUCCACUUGCUUAAGAGGAUGCAUUCUGGUUGUUGCAAACCUAACCUUGUUAUAUAUAGCACCAUUAUUGAUAGUCUUUGUAAGGAUAGGCUGUUGAGAGAGGCCCUCGACCUGUUCACUGCCAUGAAAAGUGAGGGCAUUAUACCUAAUGUUGUCACUUAUACCUCCUUGAUUAGAGGUCUUUACAACUCCGGCUUCAAGGUCGAGGCUAAAGAUAUGCUAGCUCAGAUGUUGGUGUGUAACAUAGCACCAAGUGUUAUCACCUUCAGCAUGCUGGUUGACAUGUUUUGCAAAGACGGGAAUGUUGAUGAAGCACAAGCUAUUAUAGACUACAUGAUUGAGAGAGGUGAGAUUCCAAAUGUCAUAACUUACAGUGCUUUACUUGAUGGUUAUUGUUUGCGUGGUCAGAUGGAGGAUGCGGAAAAACUACUUGAUUUGAUGGCCAAGAAUGGUUGUGAGCCUGAUCUUGUAAGUUUUGGCACUAUCGUUAAUGGAUAUUGCAAGGCUAGAAACAUGGACAAGGCCCUCAACUCAUUCCAAGAAAUACUUCAGAAAGGGAUGACACCUAAUGUUAUUACCUAUACCACUCUCAUUGAUGCAUUGUGCAAAGCCAAUAGACUUUCCCUUGCACGCCAGAUGUUCAAGGAUAUGCAAGGUCAUGGAAUUAUUCCUAAUGUUGUCACAUAUGGUUCAUUGCUUGAUAGCUUAUGCAAAAAUGCUUUACUUGAUGAGGCAGUGGCAUUACUUGAAGAAAUGGAGAAUAAUGGUGUUCAGCCUACUGUUGUCAUAUAUGGUAUCCUAAUGGACAGCUUGUGUGAGGCUGGGAAACUUGAAGAUGCAGCAAAAAUUUUCUCGGAUCUUGUAUUGAGAAGGCUAGAACCUAAUGUUAAAAUAUACACAAUUUUGAUGAAAGGCUUGUGCAAGAAAGGCCUUAUGGAUGAAGCUAAUCAACUGUUGAGGAAAAUGGAGAAUGAUGGUUGCUCUCCUGAUGAAUUAACCUAUAAUACAAUCAUUAGAGGAUAUAUUCUCAAAAAUGACUUGACAAAUGCAUUGUAUUAUUGUGAUCUUAUGGUUAGCAAGCGAUUUAAAGGCGAUGCUGACACUUUCUCGUUACUGGUUGGCCUAUUGUCGUCUGGUAACUUGAGUGAUUCAUCUAGGGAUCUUCUUAGAAAGUUCUUCUAAGAUGAUUGGAAAUUGCAACUACCGUUGAUACUUUAUCAUUACUGGGUUGCCUAUUGUCAUCUGCUUCAAGUAUUCAAGUUAGCACUCUAUUUGAGGAGUUAGGCAUCAAACAUCGCAGCUGAAUCCUAUAGACUCCUACCUGCACGCAAGCUAUUCUAGAUAUAGGCGAGCUAAUAGAAUUUGUUAUGAAGUCUAAAUGAAUAUUUAACACUACAUGCAGGUAUUUCUACAGUUGAUCUGUAGUUCUAUAUCAGUUCUAGAGAAAUAAAUUACCAUCUUCAUGUUGAUUGGUGUUUAUAUUUUUC